GGGCCGGAUCUUCUUUUCUCCGAGCAUGGUCCGAAGCGCCUUCAGAACCGAUCGAUAAUUUACAGAAUUUUGUUGGAGAUGCUGAAGCGAAAAUGGAGUAACAAACAGUACUGUGGCGAUGUCGAAUCGAAUCCAUUCGAGUUUGCCUACCGCGGCAGUGUGUUUGACCCGUACAAGAAGGACUCGAACAAAGUGCCCACGGUCGAGGAACAGUCACGCCUCAGUGCCGCAGCAGCGGACGCGGAGGACUUGAUCGAGGACAUUCCGCUCCCUGCCCACCGUUUGUCGGCGAAAGUUCGUCAACAGUAUCUGUACUAUUUGGAGCGUGUUUUGCGCAAAAACUAUCAUACCUGGUUAUCGUCUUACAGCGGCCACCCUGGCGAUAAUCCGUUCUCGGAUGGUGAGCUGCGGCAGUGUGCAGAAACUAUUGAAAUGCGAGCGGUUCAAUCGUGUAUGAUUACAUCGCUGUAUCAAAACUUUAUCCUCCAAAAGAUUGGAGAAAUCAGAAAACAAACCACCCUCGGACUCAUUCAUCAGAAUCUCACCGAUGUAAAGUUUCAACCGGCAUACGUUAAGCGAGAACAGUGUCACGUGGGCGUGCAGACCGAUUGUGGUGAAGCGUCGGAAUCCUUUGCAUUCCCCAAUGCAACCGUACCGAUGCUCAACCUGCCCGAGAUAAGCUUAGAAGAAAAGAUGGAAUUGUUUCAUCGAAAACACUCCACCUCCGAACAUUCAUCAUACGCCGAGAGCAGUACGAAACGUUCGGUGCAAAAGCACGAACCCAUCGCACACACCACGCCAGUACAAAUGUCGAACAGUGUGCCAUUAACGGUAGACGGUCCCACCGGCUCGAUAAUGGAAGGCCCACGGCCCCGCAAUGAUGCCAUGGACGAUGCGAUACUCAAGGAGCUGCAGGCAAUGUUUGAACCCGCGGACGAGGACGAGGUAAACAUAUUCGAAUGGAGCGAAGAUCAGGCCCAGGUGAAAGCAAUCAUAAACGAGAUUGAAAGCGUCGAACCGACCCAAGCACAAGGGCAUUAUGGGAGCAGCAGGGUAGCACCCGCCAGUCCAGCGCUCGAUCGAAAGGCGCUACUUCCCAACCCUUCACCACGGAUCGGGUCCGGCGCACAGCAGCCGCCCGAUUUGCGCUGCAGCAUGUGGCCGUGUGAGUUGCACAGGCAGCGGAUGAGGCUGCGCAAUUUGUUGGUAAAGAUAGCGGAAGACAAUUACCGCCGGUACGAGCGGCUGGUACAAACGCAGUUCGUCACCCUGUUCGGUGCGGACGAUGGGGAGGAGCAGGACCUUGGCCCGUACAGUCCCUCGAUCGAGCUGAACGAGGUGCUGGUAUCGAGCUGCCGGCAGCGCAUCGCCAAAUGGGUAGUGCAGGCCCUGAUGCGACCGCUCAACGAUGGGCUGAUAGGAAAUAGGUUUCUAUUUAAAAAGCUGGCCAAGCGGCUGGCCGAUGGUAUCAUCUACCAGAAUCAGUAUCCGGAUAAAAAAUUCAUUCGAAAAUACAUCGAUGAGUAUUUCUGCUCCCACGCACAAAUCAAAAGUAUUGAGGAUAUAACAUGAACUCACGAGCAUGUGCAAAUUAAAUCGUUCCUUUUUCGCACAAUAAACGCCAUCCGUUGUUGGGUGGUGCUACCCAAAAUUCGCCCAUUAGUACGAAAAGUUCGCUAAAUAAUUCCGACACAAGCACGCACAGGUUUUCAGUUGACUUGCACUGGGUAGUACAAUUUUUAUUGACACAAAACGUGCACAAACACGAGAGACACUAUAAAAACACAUAAACAUAAAGAUUGGUUACAGGUGGUGUGCGCGUACUGAAACUGACCAUGAUCAGGAUAAAUAAUGUUCGCUCAAGGUUCUAUCGUGCGCCUGCCAUGUUCCGUACCCAUGGCAACGAACGUUUCGCACCGCGGGGCGGUGGGUUUUUAGCAACUGACUUACAACAGGACCGGUCGCUGGCACACGUUGGCAAGUCAAUUUACUAGUUACCGCACCGCAACGAAGCUUGCUGGGAGUUCGAGGCUACUGGCUCUCCAAGACAUCGGCCGAUCUGCUGAAGAACCACCAAACUGGAACUGCCUCUGGCGUCACCACGGUGCGGCUUGGGUACGGGCACGAUCUGGGCCCAGCACAGUUGUUGCGAAGCAUCAAGCCAAUUCGUCUUCCGGAAGGACAAACUCUUGCUGCUUCGUGCUAGCGUGCCCGUACCACCACCACCACCCCGCGGGGGGGAUACAGGAACAGCACACCGUACGAUGCGCUUGUUCCCGGGGUCAAGGUGUACAGUGUGCCGUUCUAGUGCCGCGUUGCCACACGGUGGGAACAAUUGGCACCGAUACCGCGUUUGUUGUUAACAUUAAAAGCGAUGUAACUAAGCAAACAACAAGCACAAAAAUACGCACGCGCGCGACUUAUUCACAACGUAAAGGAUAAGAGACGCUGGACACCAACGCGAAACAGUAACACGAAUAUAACAAGUUAAAAGAAAACGGUGGGAACUGGGUGCGCGUGCGGGGAGGGGAAAUGGUGCGAGGCCCCAUACUGCGAGGAGGGAAGCUUAACACUACGAAACACGUCCCAACCCCCCAUCGAAAGGGACAGGCGGUACGGGGCAAAUGAACGAUUGAGCGGUCAGUAGUACCGCCACUCUUCGCUGGUGGUCAGCUGGGCGGCUAUUUCGUUCCCCAGCACACCGAGCAUGUGCUGCCGGCCGAGCUUGUUCCACAGCACGUGCGGCAUGAUGCUGCCGGAGACCUUGCGCGGUCCGGGCUGGAAGCACUCGAAACGCACCGUACCGUCCGCGUGCACAAAGUGCUUCCACAGAUCGAUCGUGCGCGGACAGGUGCGGCAGAUGUACUCGUUCAGCUUGAGCAGCCGCUCGGCCAUUGUCGUGCGGCCGCCACUGUUGGCGAUCGGUGUCAGCGUUGUCAUGAUCGGUUCCACGUUACGCUCGCGGAACCGGGCCACCAGCUGGUUGAAGUCAUGGAUCAGAUCGAUCAUCGCGCGUCCGUGCAGCAGAUCGACCGUGCCGACGUUCACCAGCACGUGGUCCGCGAUGAACGGCGCCAUCUCGACGCGUUUGGCAGCCUCCGAGAGCGUUAGUCCUGAGAUGCAUAGUCCGCUCAUAUCGAUGUCGUGGCCUGGUGGUGUCGAAGCAGAGAGCGAAAAGUGUAAGUUGAGCGUCACAUGCGUUCGUUCAUUUACAGCUGUACAUACCUGGAUCGAAUGAAAAUCCGAGCUCCCAUUUAGCUAUGGCUAGGAAAAAGUCGUCUCCCACCAGCUGAUGACGAUGGUACGACGGUCCGUACAUCGACUGUGAGGAAGAGAACAGGAACCAAAAUACCCCACCGAUCAGUACAAUGCAACGUGGAAUGCAUUUCCGCACAUGAAUACUUACAAAAUCAAGCUCAUCCGACCGGGACUGUCUCCAACCUGUGGACCGGUGCUGGCCGCCGCUUCGACGCGUGUACGGAUGUCUUCUCUCGGCGCGAGGCGCACGCCUCACACGGUAGGGCCGUGCCGGCUGUGGCUGUGGCAUCAUAUCGCCGAAAAGGCCAUCCGAUUCCACGGUGCCGGGGCCGCCCAUUUGCGUGCCGGCCGUCGAGUAGCAGUACUGAAAGUUGUUCACCGGCGCCCCGGUAGCACGUGGCAUGUAGCGUCGAUAAUUGCUGCUGCCGGGGCCGCCGCGCGGGGACCGCUGCGCCUGUAUCAUGUCGACCACGUGCUUCGUCCGGGCUGUCCGGCAGAACCACAGCAUCAAACCAUGUGCACCGUCGGUCGAGCACCAAACGCCCUCCAUCCCGAAAAGGUAGUUUAGCAGCGCGGAAUGGGUGUAAAAUCGGUCCAGCAGGUGUAUCCCCGUUAGCUCCCGAUAGUCGUCUACGUGAACGGUAGUGAAAUAGAGGACAAUCACACAAACACACAUUAGCACGCGGCUCAGCCAGUGCAGCACGAUCCUCCGGCGCUCGAUCGCGCUCGCCGUACCUAUUAUGUCUUCCACCGUUGCACCCGCCUUCGACCGGGUGAUGAUAACGCUGCGCAGCUGUACCUGCAGCUCUUCCUCGCCGUCGCAGGAUGUGGUUGGUGCGAGUAAACCCAUGUCGGUAAGUGUGUUUUUUUGUUGUUUUGUUUGUUUUCUAGGCUGUUGGAGUUGAAACAGACCUCACGCACUGCACCCAGUAAAGUAUCACACAGAAAAUUGGUAGAUAGUGUUGUAGCCCGUCAGCCUCG